GGGUGCGCAGGGAAAAGUGGCAUCGCUCCGCCGGGGUAGGCGGAGGCGACUUCAGCGACCGCGGAAACAUGGCCGAGUAUACGCGGUUACAGAACUGCCUGGCGCUGAUUCGCCUCCGAAACCCGCCGGUCAACGCGAUCAGUAUGGCUGUACUCAGUGGAAUAAAAGAGGGACUGCAGAAAGCUAUAACAGACCCUACAGUAAAAGCCAUUGUGAUUUGUGGAGCAGAUGGCAAAUUCUCUGCAGGUGCUGAUAUCCGUGGCUUCAGCGCUCCUGUUACUUCUAACUUCUCACUGGGAGAUGUAGUAGAUGAAAUACAGAGAAAUGAGAAGCCUGUGGUGGCAGCUAUCCAAGGCGUGGCCUUAGGAGGGGGACUAGAGAUAGCCCUGGGCUGUCACUAUAGGAUUGCCCAUGCGGAGGCUCAAGUUGGCUUCCCAGAAGUCAGAAUAGGACUCCUUCCUGGUGCAAGAGGAACCCAGCUUCUUCCCAGACUCAUUGGAGUUCCUGCUGCACUUGACUUAAUUACCUCAGGAAGACAUAUUUUGGCAGAUGAAGCACUCAAGCUGGGUAUUCUGGAUAAAAUUGUAAACUCAGACCCUGUUGGAGAUGCAAUCAAAUUUGCCCAGAGACUUUCAGAUCAAUCUCUAGAAUCCCGUAGACUCUGCAACAAGCCAGUUCAGAGCUUGCCCAACAUGGACUCUAUUUUCAGUGACGCCCUCCUGAAGAUGCGGAAGCAGCACCCUGGGUGCCUUUCUCAGGAGACUUGUGUCCGUGCAGUCCAGGCUGCCGUACAGUACCCCUAUGAGGUGGGCAUCAAGAAGGAGGAGGAGCUGUUCAUGUACCUUCGGAAAUCAGGGCAAGCGAGAGCCCUGCAGUAUGCUUUCUUGGCUGAGAGGAAUGUAACUAAGUGGUCAGUUUCCUCUGGAGCACCCUGGAAAACAGCAUCGGCACGGCCCAUCUCUUCAGUUGGUGUUCUUGGCUUGGGAACAAUGGGUCGAGGCAUUGUCGUUUCUCUCGCAAAGGCCAAGAUCCCCGUGAUUGCCGUAGAAUCAGACAAGCAGCAGCUAGAAGAUGCAAACAGGGUAAUAACCUCCCUCUUAGAAAAGGAACGAGCCAAAAUGGAACAGAGCAGCCACUCUUGGUCAGGACCAAAACCCAGGUUAUCUACAUCUAUGAAAGAGCUUGGUGGUGUCGAUUUAGUCAUUGAAGCAGUAUUUGAAGACAUGAACCUGAAGAAACAGGUCUUUGCCCAACUGUCAGCUGUGUGCAAGCCAGAAGCUUUUUUGUGCACCAAUACGUCAGCCCUGGACAUUGAUGAGAUCGCUUCUUCUACCAAUCAUCCUCACUUGGUCAUUGGCACCCAUUUCUUCUCCCCAGCUCAUGUCAUGAAGUUGUUAGAAGUUAUUCCCAGUCGAUACUCUUCCCCUACUACCAUUGCCACUGUUAUGGAUUUAUCAAAAAAGAUCAACAAAAUUGGAGUAGUUGUAGGCAACUGUUUUGGAUUUGUUGGGAAUCGGAUGUUGCGUUCUUAUUACAAUCAGACCUAUUUCUUGUUAGAAGACGGCAGUAAGCCAGAGGAGAUAGAUCAGGUGCUGGAAGACUUUGGUUUCAAAAUGGGACCUUUUAGAGUGUCUGAUCUUGCUGGGUUAGAUGUGGGUUGGAAAUCUCGAAAGGGGCAAGGUCUAACUGGACCUACGUUGCCUCCAGGAACUCCUGCCCGAAAGCGAGGCAACGGGAGAUAUUGCCCAAUUCCUGAUAUGCUCUGUGAAUCAGGACGAUUUGGCCAAAAGACGGGUAAGGGUUGGUACCAAUAUGACAAGCCACUGGGUAGGAUUCACAAACCUGAUCCCUGGAUUUCCAAAUUUCUGUCACAGUACAGAGAAACCUACCACAUUAACCCACGUAUCAUUAGCCAGGAUGAGAUCCUUGAGCGCUGCUUAUAUUCACUCAUAAAUGAAGCAUUCCGUAUCUUGGAAGAAGGGAUGAUUGCUAGCCCAGAGCACAUUGAUGUUGUCUAUUUACAUGGGUAUGGGUGGCCAAGGCAUACGGGUGGGCCCAUGUUCUAUGCUUCCACAGUUGGGUUGCCCACAGUGCUAGAGAAGUUGCAGAAAUAUUACAGGCAGAAUCCUGAUAUUCCCCAACUGGAACCUUGUAACUAUCUGAAAAAAUUGGCUUCCCAAGGAAACCCUCCUCUGAAAGAAUGGCAAAGCUUGGCAGGACCCCCCAUAAGUAAAUUGUGAUUCAGCUGUCAAGGUUAUGCCUCACAUGCAGGCGUGAGAUAAUGCUCACUGAAUUUCAUUGAAAUUAAACCUAAAGACCCAAAAUAAGAUUGCUCUGAAAUACAAAGCAAAAGAAAUAAUCAGUCAGCUAAACCUCUUUGGGUCUUCUGUCUGAUGAUUCCAAUGGGUCAACUAUUCAGUAAUGUGCUUUCUAUGCCUCUGAAUCUGUCCCUAUCAGAUUAAUUAUUUCAAUUCCAAUGAAUAGACACAUGUUAAUACCGUAACAGGUAAGGAGGAGGCUCAGGAAUAAGUUGAGGGUCUCAAGUGCUUUUAUCAUUGAAGAGAGAUGUCAUCAAUAAAUAACUGAUAAAAGCAACUAAGUCAUAAAUUCAUUUUGACUCCCUUCAAUCUCACAGUGCUUAUAGGAAAUCUCAUGCAUCCUUCAUCAGUAAACAUUCAUCGUGCCUCUCUGAGCACCUUUCACCGCACCAGGCAGACCUAGAGUCCAAAUGGGCAUUAACUCAGCAUGGAUGGCUGUGACGACCUUUAGUCCAGAGUUUCUGAGGGAGAGUAGGAACCAGAGAGAGGGGCAGGGUAUCAAAGGCAGAACAGAGUUGAAGUUGUAGGAGAAACACAGUUGGGAACUGGUAAGGAAACCAAGUACUUCAGACCAGAACAGGGAACUCAGAGUAACUUGGCAAGUCAUGCUCAAUAUAUCACCUCUGUCCAAGGCCCAGUCACAUGUGCACAGUUGAGCUUGCUGCCUGCAAAGGUUCAGUAAUGUUUGUUGAUAAUUUCCUCAAGAUCAGGGGAUGUCCACAACCUGGUCUUUCUUUACUCUUCUAUUCAUGGAGAAAUAACACAUAGUAGUAAGUUGUUGACUUAGUGCAAGAAGGGAUCUUAGAGAACAUCUGACCUCCUCUGACCCUCUGAUAGAGUCAUGAUGCCACUUUUCCUGUCAUGGUAAGCCUUUGCAAUGUUGGGUAUAGAAAUGGUUGAGUCUUGAAAAAUCUAAAAGUAUUGCAAAACAAAUUUUGUGAAUUUUGUUAUAAUUAUAAGACUUCUCUUUUAACUUUUUUGUGUGGUUAAAAGUUGAGGCAUUGGUCAACACAAAAACUUAUAUACAAAUGUUUAUAGCAGAAUUAUUCAUAAUAAUUCUCCAAAUUGGAAACAACCUAAAUGUCCAGUACUGAUGGAUGGGAAAACAAAGUAUGGAAUAGCCCAGCAAUAGAAUAUUUGGCCAUAAAAAGA